AUGGAUACCACAGGAGCUUCCGACUACGGGGAUCACGUGGUAUUGAGAUAUGGAGGGACGAAGGAAAUGGUUCCGUUGAUAAGGCAUGAACAGAUGCUGGACAUGUUAAUGGAACGAGCCCGUCAAAUAGUACAGGGAUUUGGAAACUUGGAUACCCGCAAUAUGUAUUUAUUCCGUCAUGAGUAUAGUUCACCUACAUUGCUUUAUCCGAUUACUUCGGCCAAUCAAAUUACCCCCGGCUGCAUUCUAGAAAUAAUCCUAGUAGAUAGAACGGAGGCUGCAGUGAUUCCUCAUGUCGUCGAACCGGAAUCCUAUAUGCUCCCAACAUUUUGUGAUUUCUGUGGAGAGUUGCUGACAGGCAUUCUGAGGCAAGGAGUGAAAUGCAAGAAUUGUAAUAGGAACUUCCAUAAAAGAUGCUCGAAUGCGGCAAGAAAUAACUGCGGAGCAGCACCGACGACACCUGGAUCUUCUUCGAGACCUCCGAUGUUACCACCUCUUCCAACUACUCCAACCGGAUUCCCAGUUACUGCAUUGUCUACUCCUUCUGGCCUCCCCCACACCCUAAUCGAACACAGCUACCGCCAAUUCACUGUGUGUAAAGUGUGUGACCACUUACUGGUUGGUCUCAUGAAACAAGGAUUGAAAUGCCGUGAUUGCGGUGUUAAUGUCCAUCGGAAGUGUGCAAUGGAACUGGCUUCGAAUUGUGUUCUCGCCGAGAACGCGAUUUCCAGAGUCAAUUUUGCGGAUUCUGAAGCGGAGGCCGCUUCAUCGUCGGAUAACAUCCCAUUGUUCCGAUUACCGGGUCAAGUAGGGGUGCGUGCCACCGAGAAAAAGAAUCUAGAGGGAUGGAUGAUUCAUUUCAUUCUAUCCGAUCCGGAACGUCGUCUCAAACACUAUUGGAUGAUGCAAGCCAACGCGAUUCAUUUAUAUAAUGAAUAUUCGGAAGGAAUCGGAGUUAAUCCCAAUCGUGUCUACCGUAUCAUCCCUCUUGCCGAAAUUACUUCAGUUGUGCAGAAUAAUGGGAAAUCAGUACUUGCUAAACAUCCUCCACAUUGUUUCGAAAUCAGAACCACAACGAAUACGGUAUUUUGUGUUGGAGAGGACUAUCACGCGUUUUCUGGUGGACCACCAAAAAAGAUACCAAGGAGUAUGAGUGUUCGACCGACUUCUAACACGACUAUGUGGUUUCAGUUCAUAAAAGAGUCCCUCCAACCGCCAUCCCGCAACGAAGACAAUGCAGAGCAAGCGCUCGAAUUCGCGAAUCUUUAUCAAGUGUUGAGUGAUAAAACAUUAGGAAGUGGACAGUUUGGAACAGUAUACUCAGCUAUUCAGAGGCAUUCAGGAAAGGAAGUUGCUGUGAAGGUAAUUUCAAAAGAAAGAUUCUCGAAAAAAGGAAGCGGAGCGGAAUCAAUGAGAGCCGAAGUGGCGAUUCUCCAACAGACAUGUCAUCCAGGAAUCGUCUGUUUAGAGUUCAUGUGUGAGACGAAAGAUAAGAUUUUUGUGGUGAUGGAGAAGAUGAACGGGGAUAUGUUGGAGAUGAUUCUAAGUCAAGAACUCGGUCGCCUCAAUUCCCGUGCCACCAAAUUCCUACUCGUCCAAAUUCUCUGCGCAUUGAAAUAUCUUCAUGAUCAAGGAAUCGCUCAUUGUGACCUGAAACCAGAGAAUGUGUUAUUAUCAGAUAUGGGAUCCAACUUCCCUCAAACCAAGAUUUGUGACUUCGGAUACGCUCGAUUCAUUCCGGAGUCUCAGUUCAGGAAGACUGUAGUGGGGACGCCAGCAUAUCUUCCUCCAGAAGUACUGCAAAGGAAAGGAUACAAUAAAUCAUUGGAUAUGUGGUCGGUUGGAGUUAUCAUUUAUGUGACAUUGUCUGGAACGUUUCCGUUUAAUGAAGGAGAGGAGAUCUCUGAACAAAUUCAAAACGCCUCAUUCAUGUUUCCAACGGAACCAUGGAAUGAAGUGGAACCACAGGCAGUGGAUUUGAUACAGAAGUUGCUGAAAAUCGAAGCCCGAAUGUCAAUAGAAAAGUGUCUAGAGCACGGAUGGCUAAAAGGAGAACAACUUUACAGAGAUUUGAGGGAUCUCGAAGUCAGGUUAAACACCCCAAGAUAUCUAACAAGCCCCCAAGACGAUGUUCUCUAUGGUCCUGCUCCUCCGACCGCGAUUCGUUAG